AGUUCAUGCAAGUCGGUUAAUUCCAAAACAUUUCUAAGAACAACAUUACACUAUAUAUAUAAGUAUACAGGCACAGCAUCGACGCCAUUUCAAACAUUUUACACCAGUGAAACAAAAGUCGAUAAGGCAUUUACGGAAAUUUUGCAUUGCGAGAGAAAUCUAACGCUUCAAUUUAUUAAAAUAUUUAAGUUUACUUGAAAUAAAAUAAAUUUAAUUUGUGGUAGUUUACUUUCACUAAAUAAACCAUAAACAAAUUGUUUUACAAUGGGAAAAGGAAAAAAAAAGGGGGGAGGAGGACAGGGUGGAGAUGAUGGAUCUAGUCAAGGACAAGGAUCAUCCCAAAGACAAGAUCAACCUCAGCAAGGUCAACAGCAGGGAGGAAGACCUCAACAAGGUCAACAACAGGGAGGAAGACCUCAGCAAGGUCAAAAACAGGGAGGAAGACCUGAACAAGGUCAACAACAAGGAGGAAGACCGCAGCAUGGUCAACAACAAGGAGGAAGACCUCAACAAGGUCAACAAAGACAAGGAGGGCAGGGUGCCUGGGGUCAGCCUCAGUCACAACCACAACAGUCACAAGGACCUCCACAGUCAGCAUGGGGUAAACCUGUUCAACAGCAACAACAACCGCAGCUGCAAAAACAAACUCCUCCGGAGAAAGACACCUCCGAAGUAGUGAAAUCUAUGGAAAAAAUGAGCGUUAGUUCUCAACAGUCAUCGGGUAGUGUUACUGCUAAAGGAGAUGGUGCUCAUGCACGUUCAGCUGAGCCAUCACGACCACCGUCAGUUGCUUCUUCCGCAGGUGGAGAUGUAGCAUCAGUUAAAUCGGGUGGUAGUGGAGCUCAAGAAACUUCUAAAAAAUCUCCGGGUGGCUUGGACAAGAAGUCGCUAACUGAUCAAGAAAAGAAUCGUCUGAUGAGUUUGAUUCCUAGAAGGAAAAAUCCUAAACAAGGAGGAACUAAAGGAAGGCCUAUUGAGGUGUUCACGAAUAUGGUACAAAUCUUUUUUGAUAAAAGCAAGUUCAAAAAUACAGCUACCCAUUACGAUGUCAAAUUUGAUCCUGACAAGCCUAAGUUUUUGAAAAGACUUGCUUUUAAUAAACUUCGUGAACAAUAUUUCCCCAAUAACUGGCCGGCGUUUGAUGGACGUGUCAAUGCUUAUUCUCCAGGAGAUCUUCCUUUUGGUAGAAGUAUUACACAAACUGUCGAGGUCUUUGACGAAGAGCAGCAGCGUAACCGUCCUGUUGUCGUUACAAUGGAUAAAGUAAAUGUCAUAGAUAUGUCAUGGUUACCGAAAGUCACUCCUGGAUUUAGAGACGAAGAAAAAGAUCAAACAUCUAUCCAAGUUCUAGAUGUUGUACUUCGUAUGGCCCAGUUCAACCGAGCGAUUCCUGUUGGGCGUUCAUUCUUCCAGCAGCCGAAAUCUCAAUCGUUUGAUUUGACUGACGGUAUGGAACUCUGGGUCGGAAUGUUUCAAUCAGCAGUUCUUGGUUGGAAACCUUAUUUCAAUGUCGAUGUUGCUCACAAAGCUUUCCCAAAAAAUAUCAACGUAAUUGAUGCAAUGAAAGAUUUGUGUGCUGAUCGUUAUGGACCUCUCCAAGGUCCCUUGACCGCCGAGCUGGUCGAACGGAAUAAAGACAAAAUUGCCAAAUUUCUCAAAGGUUUAAAGGUCGUAUUCCAGCUUCCCAAUAAACCAACUACCAGAAGGACUGUUGGAGUUAACGGUUUGGAUAAAGCUGCAGACAAAGCAGUUUUUUCUUUAGACAAUGGACAACAAACUACUGUUGCUACUUAUUUCGCGGGAUCUAAAGGAUACAGACUCCAACGUCCUGACUUACCCUGUCUCUGGGUCGGGUCAAGAAAUAAACACGUUUUAUUACCACCAGAAUUGUGUGCAAUUGCUCCUGGACUGGUUACGAACAGAAAAUUAAACGAUGAACAGACUCGCAAGAUGAUACGAGAGGCUGCGAAACCCGCGCCAGAUCGCAAGCGAAGAAUUGAAGACACUUUACACGCAGUAAACUUUGCUGCUGAUCCUACAAUGAGAGAGUUUGGCUUAUCGUUAAAUGGGCAGCUCGAAAAAGUAAACGCGCGAGUUCUGGAUCCACCUGCAUUGGAGUAUAAUGACAACAAAAAUACACGCGUUAUGAAAGGUAUUUGGCGUGCUAGUAAAUUUUUGCGUGCUCAAAGUAUCCCAGACAACCAGUGGACUAUUUUGAAUCUGUCCCGUUGCCAUGAAGGCAAUCUCAGAAGCUUCGUUUCCAUGUUGCAGGGAUUCGAAAAGUCUAAUGGUAUGAGAAUCGGAAAUCCACAUACACCAUUUGAAGUGCAACAACUGGCAUUCCGCAAUCCAAGAGACGUUCAAAACCUUAAGAAUCUUUUAGACAAUCAAAAAAAUAAGGGAAUGAAACUUGUAAUUGUUGUACUUCCUGGCUUUCCGGCCGAUGUUUACGCUAGAGUCAAACAGCAAGCUGAAUUAUACGUUGGAAUUCUUACUCAGUGUGUCAAGGAACAAACAAUUAAUAAAUGUGUUCAGAAAAAUGACCAAUCAACCGCUGGCAAUAUUCUUCUGAAAAUUAAUGCAAAGUUGAAUGGAGUAAAUCAUACUUUCAGUGCUAAUUUCAGACCACCAUGUUUGAACGUACCGGCAAUAAUAAUUGGUGCUGACGUUACUCAUCCUUCACCCGAUGCUACUGAUAUACCCUCCAUAGCAGCAGUAGCUGCCAGUCAAAGUCACGACGUAUUUAAAUACAACAUUGAGAUAAAGCUACAACCCGCAAGACAAGAAAUCAUUUUACAAUUAGAAGAAAUAGUUUACAAUCAGUUGAAGAUUUUCGCAAUAAAUGCUGGUGGAAGAAAGCCCGCAAAAAUCUUUUAUUACCGAGAUGGCGUGAGUGAAGGUCAAUUCCCUCAAGUGAUGCAUUUCGAGCUCCAAGCUAUAAGGAAUGCAUGCAGAAAAUUCGGCCAACCGGAAAAAUAUGAGCCUAAGAUAACAUUUUUGGUUGUUCAGAAACGUCAUCACAUUCGUUUAUUCCCAGCUAACCCUAGAAAUUCAGAUGAUAGGGGUGGAAAUGUCCAAGCUGGUACUAUUGUAGAUACUCAAAUUACACACCCUUCGCACAUUGAUUUCUAUCUCGUAUCUCACGCUAGUAUUCAAGGUACUGCAAGGCCUACUAAAUACCGUUGCUUAUGGGAUGACAACGACAUGUCCGAAGAUGACAUUGAAACCCUCACCUACUAUCUUUGUCAUAUGUUCAGCCGGUGCACACGUUCUGUGAGUUAUCCGGCACCCACAUACUACGCUCAUUUGGCAGCUUUUAGAGCUCGUGCUCUUAUCAAUGGUGUAUCAAUCCAGAUGGAUAAACUCGAAAGAGAGCAGUUGAAUAAACUUACGUUGAGGCCUGAAUUGGUGAACGGCAACCCCAUGUUUUUCGUUUAAAAUAAUUGCUUCCACUAAUUACAAGAGACUGUUAAAUUCUAUUUUAAUAUAUUCGUUUAAGAUAUUUUAUAUUCUUUAUGAUUUUUCAAAGCUCUUGAUUUAAUUAGAAUAGAAGAGUUAUGGUAAUAUGUUUCCUUAAUCGUUACAAAUAACUAUUAUAUUUUAAUCAAAUUUUUUUUUUUUUUCUAUAAAUUUAAUCAAGUAUACCAAAUCUUAUAUGUAUACGUUAAAUAUCAAUAAAUAUUAAUAUAAAAAAUACAA